CAGCAGCACGCCUCCCGCAGCACAACAGGCUGGAGGUUUGGCCCUAAAGCUUCAGGGCACCAAAGAAAUUCAGUCGAACAGCCCACCAUUUGUCUCCAUAGUGACCUGGGUCCUGUGAAUGCUGGUCAUCUCACAGCCUGAGGAAUAAAGAUUGGAAUCCGCACUGAAUGCUGGAAGUUGACUCGGAGAAAACUGCGACAGGAAGGAAAUGGCGGCUCUGCAAAAGUUGCCACACUGCAGAAAACUGGUCCUGCUGUGCUUCCUUUUGGCGACCCUGUGGGAGGCCAGGGCUGGGCAGAUUCGCUAUUCUGUGCCAGAAGAGAUCGACAGAGGCUCCUUCGUAGGCAACAUCGCCAAGGACUUGGGUUUGGAGCCCCUGGCACUGGCAGAGCGGGGAGUCCGCAUCGUCUCCAGAGGUAGGACCCAGCUCUUUGCUCUGAACCCGCGAAGCGGCAGCUUGGUCACUGCGAGCAGGAUAGACCGGGAGGAGCUCUGCGCUCAGAGCGCACCGUGUCUGUUGAAUUUUAACAUCCUGCUGGAGGACACAUUGACUAUUUAUUCAGUAGAGGUGGAAAUAACAGAUAUUAACGAUAAUGCCCCUCGCUUUGGAGUAGAGGAACUGGAGCUAAAAAUCAGUGAAACCACUACGCCAGGAUUCCGGAUUCCUCUUAAGAAUGCGCAUGAUGCGGACGUAGGUGAGAACGCCCUUCAGAAGUAUGCACUCAACCUAAAUGAUCACUUCUCCCUGGACGUGCGAAGCGGAGUUGAUGGGAACAAGUACCCAGAACUGGUGCUGGAGCGCGCUCUGGACCGCGAGGAAGAGGCUGUUCACCACCUCGUUCUCGUGGCUUCUGAUGGGGGUGACCCAGUGCUAUCUGGCACCUCCCGCAUCUGCAUGAAGGUCCUGGAUGUGAACGACAACGCGCCUGUUUUUACACAGCCCGAGUACCGCAUAAGCGUUCCCGAGAAUACGCCCGUGGACACCCGGAUACUCACGGUGACCGCCACUGACGCAGAUGAGGGCUACAACGCUCAAGUGGCUUAUUUUCUAGAGAAAAGCCCUGGAGAAACCUCAGAGGUAUUUGAGCUUAAGUCAACAUCUGGAGAUCUGACAAUCAUAAAAGAUCUAGAUUAUGAGGAUGCUACAUUCCAUGAAAUUGAUAUUGAAGCUCAGGACGGUCCGGGCCUUCUAACCAGAACGAAGGUUAUCAUUACGGUUCUGGACGUGAAUGACAAUGCCCCAGAAUUUUACAUAACAUCUGCUACUAGCUCAGUUUCUGAAGACUCUCCUCCAGGAACCGUAAUUGGGCUUUUUAAUGUACAUGAUAGAGACUCUGGGCAGAAUGCAUUCAUCACCUGUUCACUCCCUGAGAAUCUUCCCUUUAAGUUAGAAAAGUCAGUGGACAAUUACUACCGACUGGUUACAACCAGAGCCCUUGACAGGGAACAGUUUUCCUUUUACAACAUCACUCUAACCGCUAAAGAUGGAGGGAACCCCUCCCUGUCCACGGAUGCUCACGUUUUGCUGCAGGUGGCAGACAUCAACGACAACGCACCCGCCUUCUCCCGCACAUCCUACUCCGCCUACAUUCCUGAAAACAACCCCAGAGGAGCCUCUGUCUUCUCAGUGACGGCCCAUGACCCCGACAGCAACGACAAUGCUCAUGUAACUUACUCUUUCGCGGAGGACACUGUUCAGGGGGCACCCUUAUCCUCUUACAUCUCUAUCAACUCUGACACUGGAGUCCUCUAUGCACUGCGCUCCUUUGAUUACGAGCAGUUUCGAGACUUGCAACUGUGGGUGAUGGCGCGGGACAGCGGGAACCCUCCACUCAGUAGCAAUGUAUCAGUAAGCCUGUUCGUGCUGGACCAGAACGACAACGCGCCCGAGAUCCUGUACCCCGCCAUCCCCACAGAUGGUUCCACCGGCGUGGAGCUGGCGCCCCGCUCCGCAGAGCCCGGCUACCUGGUGACCAAGGUGGUGGCGGUGGACAGAGACUCGGGCCAGAACGCCUGGCUGUCUUACCACCUGCUCAAGGCCAGCGAGCCAGGACUGGUGCGCACGGCGCGAGCCCUGCUGGACAGAGACGCGCUCAAGCAGAGCCUCGUGGUGGCCGUCCAGGACCACGGCCAGCCCCCUCUCUCCACCACUGUCACGCUCACCGUGGCCGUGGCAGACAGGAUCCCCGACAUCCUGGCCGAUCUGGGCAGCCUCGAGCCCUCCGCCAAACCCAACGAUUCGGACCUCACUCUGUACCUGGUGGUGGCGGUGGCUGCGGUCUCCUGCGUCUUCCUGGCCUUUGUCAUCGUGCUGCUGGCGCUCAGGCUAAGGCGCUGGCACAAGUCACGUCUGCUGCAGGCUUCAGGAGGCAGCUUGACAGGCAUGCCCAGCUCGCACUUUGUGGGCGUGAAUGGGGUGCGGGCUUUCCUGCAGACCUAUUCCCACGAGGUCUCUCUCACUGCGGACUCGCGGAAGAGUCACCUGAUCUUCCCCCAGCCCAACUACGCUGACACGCUCAUCAGCCAGGAGAGCUGUGAGAAAAAGGAUUUUUUAUCAGCACCUCAAUCUCUACUCGAAGAUGAAAGGGAAGAAACGUCUUCUCAGGUAAUCUAUCUUUUCACAACAUCCGUACAAGCUAGUUUGCUGAAGUAAUUCACUUACUUGUUUACUAUAUCUAUUUUGUUCCCCAUAUUUCCUUGAGGGCAGAGUCAAGUUGUAGGAAGUGAGUCUUGGUGAAUUAUUUCUUGGUAGGUUUUAGUGUUCACAGGCUAUAAGACGAAGAAGAGACACGAGAAUCGUUGUGCAAUGAAUGUAAACCAGGAGUUAAUAGAUGAUUAUCCAAAGAGCACUGCAUUGAGUAACUAGGGUAUCUGGUCUCUUACACUUUCUUCUUCACUCCUGGGCAAAUCAUCUCAUCCACCCGGAUCAACAAUUUUUUCUUUGUUAAAAAUAUAAAGAUUGGAGUUUAUGUUUGCUCAAGUCCUUUCUUCUUUUAAAAUAUGACUUUUACUUUAUAUUUGAAUCUGUAUAUGAACAGUGAAACACCUUAGUCGGCUAAUUCUUUCUCAUUCAGUCUUAAUAUAUUUCUCUCGGUUUGACAGCAAAAUUGUUUUCCUUAACUUG